GUUAAGUCAUAAAAAAGUUGUCUAAGAUCGGAACUUCCUAAAGCGAAACAGAGAUAAGGCAGUGCUACAGCUGCAUCAGCAGAGUCUCGCCAUAGAACCCUUCGCAGUGUGCAUUUUUUAUCCUUAGAGAGGGAAAAAAAUCUUACAGGUUCCAAGAACUGUGGGGCAUAUUUAUUAUUCUUUCUGGCACACCCUCUCUUUUGGGAGUGGUUGUCGUAUUGAGAAACCAAAAUAGGCUUCCCUCUUGGACAAAGAAGAAGACUGGAUUCUAAUCAGAGUACUGUGGUUGCAAUUGAAAGAAAGAAUGCAUGCAGCAUCUCAAACUUUCAUCUUAAAUCUCACACCACAGGUGAUCAGGUGCAAGCAGAGAGUAGACCACUAUAUUGUGCCUAUCCUGAAUUAUGGACAUUUUGGUCUUUCAUGGAAACUUAAAGUUGGUUCAAGAAAUAUUUUAAAAAGGCAAGAUAUUAAAUGCCUUCCAGCUGCUGGUGUAUUAUCAGGUGCCGAAAUUUCUUCUAAUCAGUUUGAGGACUUCUCUGUCUCUGUUGCCGAGAAGGAUGAUACCAGAGAACUGAAGAUAAGCGUAGAGGUAUCUGGAAACAAAACUCAAAGGAUAUUUGAUGAUGUUUUUAAGAGAAUGGUUGCAGCUGCACAACCAAUCCCAGGAUUUCGAAGAGUAAAAGGAGGGAAAACACCAGAUAUACCAAAACACAUUUUAUUAGAGGUGCUUGGACCUUCCAAAGUUUUCAAGGAAGUUAUCAAGAAGAUAAUCAACUCAACUGUAGCUGAAUAUGUAGAGAAGGAGCGUUUGACAGUUAGCAAGGACCUGAGAGUUGAGCAAAGCUUUGAAGAUCUUGAAAGUACUUUUGUAGAAGGGGAAAAAUUCAGCUUUGAUGUUGUACUUAAGCUUAAAAAUUAAAUUGAAUUAUUUUUAUUUGUUUAAAUUUUAUCUGAGAUUUUGUUCUUUCAA